GAGACGCAUUGCCACGUGGAGAGCCCAGCUGGCAGGGACCAAGCUGCUGCUGCCGCUGGGAGCUGAGAGGCUGCGGGUAGCUGCUAGCCGUGGGCUGUGGAGCGCAUCCUCUCACUGCUGAGUGCUCAAAUCUCCUCCGGGACAGGCUGACCUCUCUCCUCAGGCGCUAUACGGCAGGCAAGCACCCUCCCACUCACCUCUGCUUCCUUUCUCUUGUCCCCAGAGCUGCGACUGCCUUGGCCAUGCGCAUCCUGCCUCUCCUCUGUGCCCUUCUCGUCCUGAUGCUUCAGGGAGCAGCAGGGCUGUCCCUCGCUGGAGGAUUGCCCCAGCACUGUGAGCGCCGUGGGGGCUUCUGCUCUCCCAAGUCAUGCCCCCCGGGGAUCGGUCGCAUUGGCAUUUGCUCUGAGCAAGACUUAUGCUGUCGGAGGUAG